GGUGUCACGGGGCGCAACUGUUUGAUGAGAAAUUGAUAUAAGCGUGUUUCUGUUACACAGGGCUCAAAACUCAUAUUCACAUUCGCCCAUUUGGGAAAGCAAAAUAGCAAAAUGGCUUCCCGAAUUUUAUCACAGACUUCUUUAAAGUUUUUGAGAAAUGCUUCAAAGGUGAGCAGACAACCAGCUGCUCCUUUUAGUGUGGGAGCAGUACACAGUGACAAAAUUGAUGAUGAGCUGAAGAAACGCGAGGCUCCUUUGGUCCCAGUAGAUUCAAUGACGCAGACACACCCUCACCAGAGUGGAGUGACAAUUUCUGUUACCGGAGUGGAGGAUGUCGGUGUUAUAUCUGGCGUACCUGAAGAACACAUCAAGAACAGACUUGUCCGAAUCUGCAAACCAGCUCGUAAUUCAAUGCAGUCCGGUUCCGCUAACACUCAUCACUGGGAAAUGGAAUUCGAAAGUCGUGAGAGAUGGGAAAAUCCCCUAAUGGGUUGGUCUUCUACAGCCGAUCCUCUGUCCAACUUGAAAGUUUCAUUCGCCUCUGAGGCUGAAGCAAUUGAAUUCUGUGAGAAGAAUGGAUGGCAAUGGUUCAUAGAGGUACCUAAGGAAACUAAACCCAAAGUGAAGAACUAUGGCGUCAACUUCUCGUGGAACAAGCGUACCCGAGUCUCAACCAAGUAAACAAAUUUCAGUCCUAGUAGUCUCUUAGGCUUUGAGGGGCUCCAGUUCUUUUGUGUUGUACAUACAAUCUGUUGAUACUAUGUUAAAAGUAAAUAAAUAUGCCUGUGAAUAACAA